CUUGAUCAUAUACUUCACAUUAAAAAGGCUUCAUCAUCAGCCUGAAAUUAAGAACCAGUAAUGGAGAACCCGAAAAAAGCCCAUAAAGCCCAUGUUCUGGUGGUUCCAUACCCGAGUCAAGGCCACAUUAACCCGAUGCUUCAAUUCUCGAAACGCUUAGCUAAGAAAUCCAUAAAAGCAACCUUAGCACCAACAAUAUGUUUUUCCAAAUUCAUGCAAACUACAGAAAUCUCUACUGGAUAUAACACAUCGAUCCAAAUCCGACCCAUAUCCGACGGAUAUGACGAGGGUGGGUACCUCUCGGCUGAGUCCAUACCCGCUUACUUGGAUAGUUUUCGGACCCAGGGUCCGAAAACCCUGAUCCAACUGAUAGACAAACUAAAAGAGGAAGGUGACCCGAUUAAGGCAAUUAUAUAUGAUGGGUUAUUGCCUUGGGUUUUGGAUGUGGCCAAGAAAUCUAGGCUUCUUUCAGUGUUGUUUUUCACUGAGACUUGUUCAGUGAAUAGUAUAUAUUAUCAUGUCCAACGUGGGUUGAUUAAGCUCCCAAUUAUGGGUUCUGGGUCAGGUCUAGUUUCGGUUCCUGGAGCCGCAGAGCUCCAAGUGUGGGAGGCCCCGUCGCUGGUACAGGAUUAUGAUUCGUAUACGGUUUGGUUUGAUGGGGUGUUGGAGCAGUUCUCUGUUAUUGAUCAAGUUGAUUGGGUGUUGUGCAAUAUUUUCUAUGAUAUGGAGAAAGAGGUAGUCGAUUGGAUGUCCAAAAUGUGGAAAGUGGGAACUAUAGGACCAACAAUUCCAUCAUACUACCUUGACAAAAGACUAGAAGAAGACAAUGACUAUAGCUUCACUCGAUUCAAGCCAAAAGUAGACUCAUGCAUAAAAUGGCUAGACACUAAACCAAAAGGCUCCAUCAUCUAUGCAUCUUUUGGAAGUUUGGCAAAGUUAUCCCCUCAACAAUUUGAAGAACUUGCAUGGGGUUUAAAAAAUUGUGGCUAUAAUUUCCUAUGGGUUGUAAGAGAAUUGGAGCAACCCAAACUACCAAAAGGGUACAUAGACGAGAUUUCGGGCUUGGGCCUAGUUGUGAGUUGGACCUCUCAAUUAGAGGUCUUGGCCCAUGAUGCAACAGGAUGUUUCGUGACACAUUGUGGGUUUAAUUCGGUUCUUGAAGCAUUGUGUCUUGGUGUGCCAAUAGUGGGUGUUCCACAUUGGGGUGAUCAAGGGACUAAUGCUAAGUUUGUGGAGGAUGUUUGGGGGAUUGGUGUUAGAGUUAAGAAGGAUGAGAUGGGGAUUGUGAAAAGAGAGGAAUUGGUGAAGUGUGUAAGAGAGGUUAUGGAAGGUGAGAAAAAGAAUGAAAUUUGCAAGAAUUUGGCUAAGUAUAAAAAAUUGGCUAGAGAGGCAAUAGAUGAAGGUGGGAGUUCUAAUAAGAUUAUUGAUGAGUUUGUGGAAUAUUUGAUUAGGGAGUAGUUGUUUGUAAUUGAUACUCCUAUUUUCUUUAUGGUUGAUUGUAUGAUGUUAUUGCAACUUCAUUCAAUCUUUGACAAAUACUUCUACUUCUUUAGUUUUUGCUAUAUUUUCCUUUUUAAUUUAUCACAUGAGUUUUACUAAAUUUUUUUUCAAUUAUAACUCACUUUUUUU